AUGCAGCAUACGCGCAUUUCGUUUUCAGGCUCCAACCCAAUCCCUAUAUAUAUCCACCUUCACUUGCAUUCCAAACCAACGUUGUGGGAUUUGAAACGUUCCCAUGGCUAUUCAGACGAUAUUUGGUGCAGUUUUAUUUGUGUUAUUGGGUGCAGGUAUCUGUUCCGCAAGUAGAGCUCUCCUCACUCUUGACGAAGUAGCUUCUCACCUUCCAGGUGUUGGUCAUGUUGGUGGCACCGUUAGCGCAUAUGGUGUUGGCAUCCAUGGAGGAGGUGGAGGCGGUUCAGGAGGUGGUGGUGGCAGCGGCUAUGCAGCUGUAGGAGAAGAGGGAGCUACUGGAUAUGGAGGUGGUAUUGGUAAAGGAGAAGGUGGUGCUGCUGGGUAUGGAGGAACUGGUGGACAUGGAGGUGGUGGUGGCAGUGGUGGGGGCGGUGGUAGCGCAGGUGGAGCUUCUGGAUACGGAAGUGGAGGUGGUGAAGGAGGUGGAGCUGGUGGCGGUGCUGGGUAUGGAGGAGCCGGUGGACAUGGAGGUGGUGGUGGCAGUGGUGGUGGUGGAGGUAGCGCAGGUGGAGCUUCUGGAUACGGAAGUGGAGGUGGUGAAGGAGGUGGAGCUGGUAGUGGUGCUGGAUAUGGAGGAGCCGGCGGAUAUGGAGGUGGUGGUGGUGGAGGCAAUGGUGGUGGCGGAGGUAGUGCAGGUGGAGCUUCUGGAUAUGGAAGUGGAGGAGGUGAAGGUGGUGGAGCAGGUAGUGGAGUUGGUGGACAUGGAGGUGGUGGCGGUGGUGGUAGUGGUGGUGGUGGUGGUAGUGGGGGUGGAGCUGCUGGAUAUGGAGGUGGAGGUGGAGAAGGAGGUGGCUCUGGGUAUGGUGCAGGUGGUGCAGGUUCUGGAGGUGGUGGUGGGGGAGGGAGUGGUGGAGGCGGUGGAGGAGGAUAUGGUGCUGAAGGGGCACAUGGAGGUGGAUAUGGCAAUGGAGGAGGAGCUGGAGGAGGUUCUGGUGGUGGUGCAGGUGGUCAUGGAGGCGGUGGCGGCGGAGGCUCUGGUGGUGGAGGUGGUGGUGGAUAUGGUGCAGGAGGUGCACAUGGGGGAGGAUACGGAAGUGGUAGUGGGGGUGGUGGCUAUGCCCCUUGAAAGUACCAUAUCAUUAGACUGUACUAAGAGCAUAAAUUUUCUUACCACUAGUAUUGACAAAAAUAAAGGUAAUAUGGGUAAG